AGAAGCAACUCUGCAGCUCUCCUCGGGAAAUAACCUGGGCUAUCUUGGCACGAUCGUGGAUUUACCCUACACCUAACAUCAUGUUAUCUCGGUGCUGCUGGUGGCUGGAUAGAAUUGCCGAAAAUAUGGAUAUCUGAGUGGGGUUACACCAUGGACGCAGUGGAGGUAAUUGUAUCUUUCCUGAUAGUAGUGAUCAUCAUUGUAUCGUUGCUGUCCAACGUGGUGGUGCUGAUUUGUUUUUUGUACAGCGCGGAGAUUCGGAAGCAAGUUCCCGGUUUAUUUAUCCUUAACCUGACCUUUUGCAACUUGUUGAUGACUGUGUUGAACAUGCCGUUGACUUUGGUGGGAAUUAUCAACAAGGAGCACCCAGGAGGGGGAGGAUUCUGCCAAAUUGUGGGUUUUUUAGAGACCUUUCUCACCACUACUUCCAUGCUGAGCAUGGCAGCUCUGAGCAUCGACAGGUGGAUAGCGGUUGUUUUCCCUUUGAGUUACCAUUCAAAAAUGCGCCACAAAGAUGCUGCCAUAAUGCUCGGUUACACGUGGUUGCAUUCCAUGUCCUUCUCCACCGUGUCGGUUUGCCUUUCGUGGGUGGGGUACCAUCAACUUUACGCUUCCUGUACUCUGUGCAACGGGAGAGCGCACAACAACAGGACCCAGUUUGUGAUUUUUACAGUGGUGUUCCAUGUCCUUACCUUUCUCCUUUCCUUGAUAGUCUUGUGUUUUACUUACCUGAAAGUGCUCAAAGUGGCACGCUUUCACUGUAAGAGAAUAGACAUUAUCACAAUGCAGACUUUGGUGCUACUAGUGGACAUUCACCCAAGUGUUCGACAGCGUUGCCUUGAGGAGCAGAAGAGACGGAGACAACGAGCUACAAAGAAAAUUAGCACCUUUAUCGGCACAUUUGUUCUUUGUUUUGCACCAUAUGUAAUAACAAGGCUUGUGGAGCUGUCUUCAGCAGUGCCUAUCAGCCCUCAUUGGGGAGUUGUUUCCAAGUGCUUGGCUUACAGCAAAGCGGCUUCAGAUCCCUUUGUGUACUCGCUUCUCCGGAAUCAGUACAGGAAGACAUGCACUGAUAUUAUUAACAGAGUCCUGAAAAGGAGCUCACUAAACUCGUCUAGAAUAAGGGGUGAGAACGGAAGAAGCACCAUCAUCCAAACCACGGCAUGAAAACCUCUCAACGAAGGCUUGAAGAAGCUGUUAAUUAUGUAUGGUUCAAGAAUACCAAAAAUAUCCCGGUCUAUAAUUCCUAUUAUGUAACUAUAGGGCAACACAAGCUGAUUGGAAAUGGGUGACCAGUUAUUUUGAACACCACUGAUUUCCCUUAGUCAUUUAAAUUGUUGUUCGGUUGCCUGACUAAACCGGGAAGGUGCCAAUGAAACAUUUUUUGGGGCAAUCAGGUGUUACAGUGUGCAAAAUCCUUGUGAACCACCACAAGAGGCCUAAGUUUGAAUGUCAAGUUCAGUUGCAUGGCUAAAAAGAGUUUGUUGGUCCCAUGCUUGACUUUCUACAACUUGAGAUCUACAGUAUUUACCCCAAUACGUUUAGUGCAAUAGGCAGUUCAUAUAGAUCUCUCUUGGAAUCAUGGUCUGUACUAGAGUUGAACCCCAGUCCUACUUACAGUAUAUUUGAAUUGCUUUACAGAUUAAUGGAGGUCAUAGUUUUAUGUGAUAUCAGAUCCUAACAAUUGAUAAGCACUUCCUCAACAAGGUUUUUUAAAAGGCAGAUAUAUAUGUGAGAUGAAGUCCAAAUAUUCCUUGUUUGCAAGCUUUCCAUAUUUUUUUCUUUCUUUUGGGAAAUGCUUUGGCACUAAUUUGAAUACAUUAUACUAUUUAUGUCUCAUGACCUGUUUUUUUUCUGUUCAUUUAUUCAUGUUCAGAGCAGUCCUCAUUUAACACUAUAAUAUAAUAUUUAACUCUCAUUUAACUCUAUAAUAUAAUAUAAUAAAAUUGGAACCAAACAACUGCAUUCUUCAUUUGGCUGGCUGGCUGAUGGACUUUUAUUGACCACCUUCCACAGUGGUAGGUAAUGCUUUAAUAACAAACUGCGAAAUCGUGUCCCAAUUGGAGACCACUUGUGAAACACAUUAAUGGGCAUGCCUGCCAGUGCAGUGCAUCCGAGAAAAGAAAAAAGAGAGCUCCAUAGAAACGCCGCUGUUGUAGAACUCAGCCCCUGCGGUUGUUUGAUGAAGUCGAGUUUAAUUGACAGGGUUUGUCUUGGCUUGUCUGUAACUUUAGAAUGACUAAGCCUGUACUUUGAGUGCCUUCCUCAUAAGACAUGCCUGGGUUGAAAGCAAGCCUCGGCACCCACCACACUGACAGGAUUGAUUCACUUUGUGAGGAUUUUUUAAUUUUUUUAAAAUAUUACCUUCCCCAAGAAGUUGGGAUUGAAUUCAACUCGGGAUGCAUGUCCUGACCUCAUUAGGUCAAGGAAGCAGACUGCAAUUAAAUUACAGCCGAGUAAGACACAGUAGUCAGAUGCUUUGACACUAUUAUAGUACUCUAUGAAAAUUCAAUCUUGAUUGAAGGAGUCUAAGAUAUAAGUGACUGCAUAUCCAGAUAGCUGAAGUUCUAAUGUUCUCUUUCUGUAUAAAUAAAAUGUAAUGUAAAAGUUAAUCUCAUAUCCCAAGUGUUUUUCCACUGAAGCUUCCCUACUGUGCAGGCUUGUUGAAGCUGAAUUGUGAAAGCUUAACUAGUGGGAUUGCAUCAGCAUGAGGCUACUGGGGUGGCCCAUACAUCCCUAUUCAUAUAAACCUCCUGUUAAAUGUAUCUACCAUUUCACUGUCCAUGCAGUACAAUGUCAAUACGUCAACAGCAUGACCUCUUUGUUUUAAUUUCACAUCACUCACGUUUUUCAAUUCACUUCUUCCUCUGCCUAUGGGCUGCAGGGGCUGUAGAUGCCCACUUCACUCUGUACAGUUCAGUAACCGUGCCCCGGGCACUCCUGUCUGCUCAAAUCUCAAGGCCAUGCGCUCUACAAGGGGAACUGAUUGACAAAUACUUUCUGAACAGUUAAAGGAUAAGAACAAGGUCCUUGUUUACUAUGACGGAUGGUAAAUAUAAUAUUUGUAGUCCCCUAUAAAAGGAAUUUAGCAUCUCUGGUUUACCAUCACCUGCUGUUUGCAUGUGUGAACUCUGUAUGACUUAAACAGCUCCUGAUU